AGUGGACAGGAGAGAGACAGAGUGUGAUAAGGUGUAAACCCUAGAGAAAAGUGUUCCUACUUCUUGUUUCAGACCAUGUGCUUGGGGCUUGAUUGGUUGAAAUGCAGGUGAGCUACUCUCUAGACGGGAACCCUGUCAUGUACCCGCUGGGCUGCGUGAGUCAGACUGGGAACAGCCAGGGCAUUCCUGCGCCGUGUCCUUGGGGAGAUUUCCCUGGUUAUCAGCACGUCACAGGAGACCUGCUCCUCACCUCAGCCUCCUGGGGCUCCGCGGCUCUCCCUCAGGAGGAGUGGGCAUCGCACGGGGCCUGGGCCGCCCCCCGCGCUUCCCCAGACCUGACCCAGGUCCCACGCUCCACACCAGAGGGUCUCUCGUCUCUGGACUCGCCGGCCAGCCAGGACUCUUUCGGGAGAUCCUCGCUUGACUGGAGCAGAGAUUACCUGCACAGCACCAAUCCAGGAGGGAAGACCAGGACCAAGGACACGUAUCGCAUGGUGUACACCGACCACCAGAGGCUGGAGCUGGAGAAGGAGUUCCACUACAGCAGAUACAUCACCAUCAGGAGGAAGGCUGAGCUGGCCACCGCUCUCAGCCUCUCAGAACGACAGGUGAAGAUCUGGUUCCAAAACAGACGAGCCAAAGAGAGAAAACUGAGCAAAAGGAAGCUUCAGCUAUCCCAGCAUGCUUCCAUGAUCCCGCCCCCCCACACAGACACCAAACGUCCUUGACAACCUGUCCACGGCAACCAAACCCUACAGUAAAGAUAUGUUAUCAGAUGCUGAAUCGAUGUCUGUUAUAGAGAGAUACUAGAGGAAGUGUGGGAGGGUUAGCGUGUGUUGUCCCACCAAUUGCACUACUCAACCAUUAUUUUCUGCACAGUUUAUGACUGACAUUGAGAUCAGAGAGAGAGAGACUGAGAGAGGGAGAAAGAGGAAAUCGAGAGGGAGGGAGGGGGUGAGAAGAUAGAAAUAAGAGAGAGCGGAAGAGGUAUG